AUGGGGGCCAGAGCGCGACGUCCGCAGUCGCACAAGGAAAAGAGCCCUGCGCGCUUGUCCAUCAAGACCGACGGCGACACCAACGGGCAAGCCACGGGCAACCAAAACGGCACCAUGAACGGCGGCGUCGAGAUGCGGCGCAAAAACGCCAACAAUGAUCCCGCCUCGCUCACCUCCAACUACAUGGCGCGCGAGUCCUUUUCCCUAGACGACCCCGUCCCCCGGACUCCGACUUCGAGCGAUGCCGGCUUUUUCCAGCUGCCGCUGCAGGAUCAGCGAAACUUCAUGCUGCUCGUCCUGCUCUACUUUUUGCAGGGCAUCCCGAUGGGUCUCGCCAUGGGCUCCGUGCCCUUUCUCCUCAAGAACCACAUGUCCUACGGCGAGAUUGGCGUCUUCAGUCUGGCUUCGUAUCCCUACUCGCUCAAGCUUCUCUGGAGUCCCUUUGUCGACGCCGUCUGGAGCCCCAGAUUUGGUCGCCGCAAGACCUGGAUCGUCCCCAUUCAGUUCCUCUCCGGCUUUGGCAUGCUCUGGCUCGGCAGCCACGUUGAGGGCAUGAUGGCCACCACUGGCAAGCCCGGCGGCCCCACUGUCUGGAGUUUUAUGCUCUGGUGGUUCUUCCUGGUUCUCAUGUGUGCCACGCAAGACAUUGCUGUCGACGGCUGGGCCUUGACUCUGCUGUCUCCCAGCAAUGUUUCCUAUGCUUCGACCGCCCAGACUGUCGGCCUGACAGCUGGCCACUUCAUGUCGUACACCGUUUUCCUCGCCCUCAACGCCUCCGACUUUGCCAACAAAUGGUUCCGAUCUGUGCCCUCCGACGAGGGCCUUGUUUCCCUUGGUGGAUACCUGACCUUUUGGGGCUGGAUGUACAUUAUCGUCACCAUUGGUCUCGGUUUCAUCAAGCGCGAGGAAAAGUCGCAAAACGAAGAGGGUGUCUGGGAAGUCUACAAAAUCAUGUGGGGUAUCCUCAAGCUCAAGAACGUGCAGACCAUCAUCAUUGUCCACCUGAUUGCCAAGAUUGGCUUCCAGGCCAAUGACGGCGUCACCAAUCUCAAGCUGCUCGACAAGGGCUUCGGCAAGGACAACAUGGCACUGACGGUACUGAUCGAUUUCCCCUUUGAGAUUGGCCUGGGCUACUAUGCCGGCAUGUGGUCGCAAAAGUACGGUGCCAUGAGGCUUUGGGGCUGGGGCUUUGUCGGCCGUCUUGGUGCCGCUCUACUUGCGCAGCUUACGGUGGCCAUUUUCCCUGCCGAAGGUGUCACGACCUGGUAUCUUGUCAUCGUCAUCCUUGAGCACAUUAUUUCAACCUUUACCAACACCAUCAUGUUUGUGGCCGUCUCUGCCUUCCACGCCAAGGUCUCGGAUCCCGUCAUUGGCGGCACCUACAUGACUCUCCUCGCUACCGUCUCCAACCUUGGAGGCACGUUCCCGCGAUACUUUGUGCUGCGUCUCGUCGAUUACUUUACGGUAGCGACCUGCCACCCCGGCAAGCAUACCAGCAGCGCCAAGCUCAAGGGCCCUCUAGUCACAGAGGAGUUUUCCUGUGCCAUCCAGGCCGAGAAGGAGAGAUGCCAAAACGGCGGCGGCAUUUGCGAGAUGACGCAUGACGGAUUCUACUGGGUCAACAUUUUGUGUGUGCUCUUUGGCGCUGCCACAUUCUUUUGGUACAUCAAGCCUAAGGUUAGACAGCUCCAGGCUCUGCCUCUGCGGGCGUGGAGACUGUCGCCUGGCAAGCAAUAG